AUGCUGCAAGAGGAACUCACCGAAACAACGACCUUUACUAAUCAGUUUUCCACCAGGGUUAUCCUCAUCGAUUUCAUUCUCAGACUGAAGACAAACUUCGUCGUUUGGCGUCGUUCUUCACGAAGCAAAUCUUUUGACGACAUAGACAUGUCAUUCAAUCUUCGUGACGACAUCAACGUGGACCGCGAUUAUUUCCUGGAAAUGAUGGCUGGAGCGCUUACCCAUCACUUUGGGAUAGAGACUGAAGCCAGUGACCUGGAAGGUUUUUCAACAUUACAAGACAUCAACAGCUACAUAUCCUCCAGGCAAUAA